GCGAGCGAGCGGAGCCGAGCGGAGCCGAGCCGGAGCGCUGCAGAAAAUAAGCGAAAGUCGUGCGAUGACUGACGAAAACAGCCGCUGUGCAUUUUCACAGUGAAGGAGCGCACGGGCGUUGGACAGAUCAUGUCCCCUGCGGAGCGGAACAACGUGCCCUUGACCGCGUGCUGCCAGGUGGUCCUCUUCGGGUGGACGGUACUGCUCAUCGUGGUGGAGAGGACGGCAAUCAUCUACUGCAUAGGGUACUACUUAUGGCACGUCCACCGAAAGCGGGCGGCGCUGACCUUUGUCGCAGCACUGCCAGGAACGGCUGUGCAGGUGCUUAGCUUUAAGUGGUAUUGCGAAGAUGGAUACCAACGGAAGGGCCUCCUUGCCUUUAUACACGUACUGCAUCUGGGAAUCUUCAAAAGGCUGUGGGACUGCAUGCGGACGCUGUGGCACCUGGAGGAGCCCGAAGGUGGGUUCAGCGCUCUUGUGAUGCAGCAGGCGGAUGUUUCUGUCCUCCGGCUGAUAGAGGUGCUGUUGCUCACACUACCAGAGACUGUGCUGCAGACAUACUAUCUCUUCACCACUGAUGUGGGUAUUUUGUCCCCUGUGUCUGUCUGCUGUGCCGUCUGCCUGCUGUCAGUCUCCUGGUCGCUGGUGCUGUACAGCCGUGCGUGCACCCUGGUCCGACCCGGGCACCUGGCCAUGCCCCCAGCUGCCCUGCUGUGCCAGCUGCUGUGGCGAACGUGCAUGCUGGGUGCCAGGCUGGCCAGCCUCAUGUUCUUCACCAGGGUCUUCUGUGGGUGGAUCUUUGCAGUUGUAGGUUUCCACUGGCUGACGACUUCGCUGUGGAUUGUCACCCAGCAAACGGACAUCUUCGGCAGCCCAUGGCGCUGGCACCUCUUCAACUGCAUCCUGGGAGCCGUACACAUCUUCUUCUUUCUCAACGUAAAAGAUGGCCCCUCGAGGUUCCGCAUGGCUGGCUUUUAUUUGGUGACGGUUCUUGAGAACAUCACUCUGUUGUUGUUGGCCUCGGACUUCCUCAACGAGGCAACGUGGGACAUCAUCGCUAUCGCAGUCUCUGUGUUCUGCAGCAUCUUCCUGGGUAUAACCUCACUGGUGCUGUAUUACCGCUUCCUCCAUCCUAAAUCCACUGAGAUCUCCCAGAACAAGCAGGAAGAACCCAUUGGUGUUGCCUGUUUCAAAGGGGGGUCCACACUUUCUCUGGGGGAAAAGAUCAAACCAGCACCCUCUGUUCCCACAUACGGAGACACCUUUACAGGCAUAGAUGGGACUGUGGUGGAACAUUCUGGAAGUGGUGGCACUAAAUUCAGCAUACAGUACAGGCACCAUCACUGGCUUCUGAUCCGCCUGGCUUUAAAGACAGGAAAUAUAGCGAAAGUAAACCAGGCCUACGGCUUCGGAGGGGUGGCUGCCAUGCUUGGCAUAGUCGAGGUCCUGGAAGGGACGCACGCAGAGGCUCCUGAGCCGGACAAUGACAAUAUGGAUGGCAUCAUGCCCAUCUCGGAUGGGAAGGAAGACUUUCAAAGUGCAGACAGCCCAUCAUCCCUGGAAGAACUAGAUGAGAAAGAGGAAAAGGAGAAGAUGGAUAGCCCGCUGGAGUCUCUCAUGUCUGAUUUAAAGCGGGGAUCCCCAGAAGGAAAAUCGGUAUUUGAGGAGAGCCCUGAGCUCAGGUUCUGCCCCACAGAAUCUAGCACCACCUUGUAUUUCAGUGCAGACCCCCAGUCUCCAGGCAGCGCCAGUUACCUUGGUUUGGACAGGGACUCAGCAACUGAGAAUGUGGGAGAGUUCAGCCCGAUGUCAGGUGACAGGGUAGAACCCAGGUUCGCAUCGUCUGCGAAAAUGGACCCAGGAUCUGCAGGACCUGCAAGUCCUCGUUUUUUGGUCCCUAGGAGACAGGUGGUUCUGUCUUGGAAAGACAAGCCUGAGAUGUUUUAAAAAUUGUGCACAGAAGAUUUCUUUGCGCGAGAGAAAUAAAAGAUGCCCAGUGCCGCACCAAUAAUAGCUGUAGGAUUGAAGGUCAGCUCAUGAGCAUUCAGUUGGUAAUUAUUGUGAAAUAUCGCUGUAAUGUCUGAGUUAUGUAAAUAUUUAUAACUGAAUUCUUUUAAAGAUACAUUUUAAAUUAUGUACAUGACUUUUUACCUGCUGUGUCCGUGAAAAAAAAAAAACGGCUGGGCCCAGUAAAAUUACUUUUGCGGUUCUAAAAGAAAAAUUCCCUAUUUAAUGCUGCUUUCAGAACAUACUGUAUUUUAGAUUUUAAUGGAGCACUGAACAAUUUGGAAAUCAGCUGAAGAGAUGUUUGAACAGACACUAAAUGUGUAUAGCCUUAUCCAAAAUUAUUUGGAUAGGGUUUAACUUUAUUCAGAGGGAUUGAGUCUGUAUACUGAAAAGCAUGCAAAUUUGAAUGCAAACCUACAGUGCUGAAAUGUACAGUUUGUGAUACCGCUACCCAAUGUAAGAGCUUAAGCAUUUUGGAGAAACUCAAAACUUCAGUGAUGUUAUAAUAUUCCAUGGUGCUAAAUCUGAUCGCUGCGCAGCCAAUGCCAAAUUGUGAUGCAAUUUGUGACGCUUUGGAAAUAUUGCUAAAUCUUUUUUUUUUACCAUGAUUAUUACCGAUUUCAACAGGGAAGCAGAAGACAAAUAAAAGAUGACAGCAGCUACAGCCAUAUGAAAAUAAUGUUACAGUUGAGUGUUUGAACCAAUGACCUAGUAUUUUUCUUUUUUUAAAUGUAACAGUAUUUCUUUUAAUGUUAUUUUAGAAACAUUUUAAAAGUGUUCACUAGUUUUGGCUAAAUGUGAACAAUCCAACAAGGUACCACUCACUGUAGAAUGAUUUUAAGGCUUGUGUAACAAGGGAAUACACUACAAUCAAGCUGAACUUGCUGAGCACUUAAAACACAAAUAAACGCA